AAUUUCUCCAUCAUAAUGAUCACCAGGUUCUUGGACUGCUUCUACUUUUCCUUUUAUCUCAACCUCACGGAUAGCACCGGCAGCCCCAUUGAUUUCAGCCACGAGCAGCCGCGGAACGCCCGCCGCGCCGGCCGCGCGCCCGCCCGGAGCGCUGAGGCUGCUGCACCGCGGCGCCGGAAGAAGGCUCGCUCGCCAUGGUUGAAGACUGACAAAGCUUUGCGUUUAAGUAUUAUUGGAGAAAAACUUCAAUGGUUUCAAAGUCACCUUGACCCCAGUAAAAUCGAGUACACAAAGAAGGAAGCUGGUGAACUAAUUGAAAAUUAUAUGUGUCGAUUCAAUGCUGAAUUGGAGCAGAUUGAAUUACAAAACAGUAUUAAAGGCAGACAAGGAAGACAGCAUGGGUCACGGGAAACUGUCAUCAAGCAGACAAUAGAACGUGAAAGACAACUCUAUGAGGGCUAUGGAAUGGAAAUCCCAGACAUUAUGAACAGAAAGCAUCUUAAAUUUUUCAGAGAAUGGGAUGGUGAUCUGAGGAAACUGCCAAACAUCAAAAUGAAAAAGCUCUCUGCUAGGGACGUUGCCUGCAGUCUCCCUGAGGUGACAGAUGCAGAAGCAAAAGAAGACUUGAAUGAAGAAGAAGAGGUGGGCCCUGAUGAGCACCAGCUGAUCCAAGAGCAGAAAUAGUGAAGGGAGUUGUAAGAAAUCUAUUUUAAUUUUCACUGGAAACAAAAAUAAAAUUUAACUAUAUUUCUAAA